AUCAGUAAUGUAUCACGUAAAAAAAACUACCUUAUGGAUUGAUUAUAUAUUCACUAUUCACAACAAUCAAAUUACAAAAUACUGCGUAUCAUAAACAUACAUAUCUUUACAAGAUUCUGAAAAUGCCACCGUUGUUCGGUCUGAUCAAAGAUCUGCAGCCAGGUAGAAGCAAGAUAGCGUUGCAACUGAGACUAAUCAGAAGCUAUGAUAUUCUCAAGUUUGGCAACAAGAACGAAGCCUUUUCCCAUGAAGUCAUUUUUCAUGAUAAAGAGGGAAAUCGAGUUCAUGCCACGAUCAAUCAAUCAUCAAUUUCCAAAAUCAAACCAAUUCUAGAGCAGGGAAACAUCUACACCAUCAAAGAUUACGUCAUCACGACAAACAAUCUGAAAUUCAAGACCACAGAAUGCAAGUUCAAAAUACUGCUAUUCAGGCAGACACGAAUUACAGAAUUGGAGGAUGACACUUUUCCAAACCACAUGUUCAAUUUUAAAGCUUUUGAUGACGUGGCUAAAAUGGAAGAAGUUCAACAAGCAUCAUUGUUUGAUCUUAUUGGUGUAAUAGUUUCCAGCUAUAAGCCGAUAGAAAAGGAUUUGAAUGGGAAGCCUACAAAGCUUAUGGAUAUUGUGAUUGAAGAUCUUGAGGGAAAGACGUUGUCAUGUACUUUAUGGGAACAAUAUGCAGAUACAAUGUUUGAGUUCUUGUGCAGUCAGCCAAAAAUGCAUGUAUGCAUAAUCCUACAAUAUUGUAGACCAACUAUGUUUAGAGGGGAAGUUCGAAUCACAAGUUCGUACCAUAUUACGAACAUCAUUUUUGAUGAAAAUGUGGCUGAAAUAAAAGAAAUGAAAGAAAAAUUUGCUGUUAUUCACAAGAACAGAUCCAUUUCAAUAAAGAUGGUGAAAUCUCCAACUUUUCGAACCAUAGAAGAUGAGAUUAAUGAUGGUAUAUCUGUUCUGAAAACAAUUUCAGAAUUGGCUGAAGGAAAGGAGGGAAUGUUUUGGAUUUAUGGAACCAUACUUGAGAUUGAGACACUUGGGGCAUUUACUUACUUGGCAUGCAAAAUCUGUUUGAAAAAGCUAAAGCAAGAUGAUGACUCUUUUUUCUGUGAAACAUGUGAAUCUUUUGACGUUUCUGGAAGACUUAGGUAUUUUAACAAUUAUUUCAUUCAUAACUAUAUAAACUGUUUAUUUAUUAAUUAUAAAAUUUCCAACAUGUAUAAACUAAGAGUUUGUGUAGCUGAUGAUUCUGGAGUAGCAUCUUUAAAUUUAUGGGAUCGAGAAUGUGCUCAAUUGAUUGGAAAACCAGCAUCAGAUUUGAGUGUGGAAUAUGGAUCGAAUGAGUUACCUUUUGAGAUUGAGGAAUUAGUUACCAAAUCUGCUUUGUUCAAGAUUAUUAUUAACAAGGGUGAAACAAAAAUGUAUGAUGGUGCCUAUGGAGUGAGUAAAAUAUGUAGUGAUCCAGAUAUGAUUGAAAAAUAUGAGAUUGAAGAUGGCGAAGGAAAAAAGUGUCAAGAGUACGAAGUCGAGGAGGACUUAAAGUAUUGCUUUCUGAGGAUGGUAGAAAUGAUGAAUGGCUACCCUAAAUAUGUAUAA